ACUCCUCGGUGGGAUCUGACAAACUGGAAAUUUCAAGCUUACAUUGUUUUGCGAGACCCUCAAGAAACAUGGACAACGAAACAAAGUUUAUGAUAACUUGUAUGCUUUUUACAGCCAUCUGUAGCUCCGCAUCCAGUGCUGAAUGGAAGGCCACUGUUGUAAAAAGCAUCGAUGCUCUGGUUACAUCCUGUGUUGUGGUACCAUGUUCAUUCUCCCAUACUGGAGGAAACCUGCCCACGUCCAGACUCAGAGGAAUCUGGCAUGAAAAAGAUGACAAAAAAAGCAACAUCUAUCAUGAGGAUUAUACACUGAUUGAGAACAACUUUAAGGACCGAACACAGCUGGUGGGACGUCUGGGCCAGAACAACUGCACCUUAGAAAUAACUGGAGUUAAAGAUCAUGACAACGGUCCUUUCUGUUUCCGGGUUGAACUAGUGCGAACAGAAAACAAUGACCCCACCAAGGACAUGUUCUCCUUUGUUGAUAACUGCGUUGAGUUGAAAAUGCUCCCUGAGCCUGCAGAGCCUACAGUGAUUAAACCAAUGACAGCCACUCAAGGAGAGCCCUACACUGUCACCUGUUCAGUCAUCCACACCUGCCCCACUCACGUUCCUAAACUCACAUGGAAUCUGGAUAGUACAAAGGUCAUUGUGCAUCAUAAAGAUAUUAAACAAGGAAACUGGGAGACACAGUCCAGCCUGACAGUUAUUCCGGAAGAGAAGGACGACAACAGAGAGAUAACCUGCACUGCUGAAUUUAAUGGAGGCCUGAAAUCAUCUGAAACUUUCACACUCCAUGUAAAACAUAUUGAGAACUAUAAUCACAUCAUCAUUCCUGCUGUAGUGGGGAUUGGUACAGCUCUGCUCUUUGGCAUCCCCUGCAUUUUAAUGGCAAAAAAGUACAAGAACCGUAUUGCAGAGCUUCAAAAUCAAGAAGGAACGGGAAGACGCUGAAGGCAAUGAAAUGAAAUCAAGGGGACCAAAGUCAAAUGGUUACAUCCUUUUUUUUCCAUUCGCUUGCAAAACACAAAAAUUGAAUAUGAAAAAGUAGCAAAAUAUAAAAAGGGGGAUGGGUUUUUUUUCAACAGUUAGCUUCUAGCAUUUUUUAAUCAACUAAUAUGAUGCUUUCUCUUUGUUUUCAUACUUUAAAGGUUGCACUAUUGUGUUUCCCAGAAAUGUUAACUGCGCAUGUAGCAAUGCGAGCCCACCACUUCCUGUUUUCUAAAUCGAUUUAUCAAUACUGUAAAACUGUUUUUGAACAUUUAAUCU